UGUGUUUGUGCACACAGGACUCAUUUUCCGCUGAUCCAGGUAAAGACUGCAGAACCCGUGUAGGUAUAAAAGAGAGAAGGACCUGCAGAUCGUCCCAAACCACCUCACCUCUCUCAUUUCGGCUACCAUCUUGUAUGCACUUCUAGUCUUCAAGAACAGGCUAACCAUGGCAUUGUGGCUUCAGGCUGGUGCUCUAUUUGUCCUUUUGGCCAUCUCUGGUGUUAACGCUAAUCCAGGAGCCCCACAGCACCUGUGUGGAUCUCAUCUAGUCGAUGCCCUCUACCUGGUCUGUGGUCCAACAGGCUUCUUCUAUAACCCCAAGAGAGAUGUUGACUCCCUUUAUGGUUUCCUUCCUCCUAAAUCUAGCCAGGAAAAUGAAGUGGCUGACUUUGCAUUUAAAGAUCACGCUGAGCUAAUAAGGAAGAGAGGCAUCGUGGAACAGUGCUGCCAUAAACCCUGCAGCAUCUUGGAACUGCAGAAUUACUGCAACUAAAUUACUUCACCACCUGUUUCCAGAUCAGCCUUAAUGCUCCUUGUUUUUAAUAGAAAAUAAAAUUUUAUCAAAUAAA